GUGACUUCGUAGACCAUGAUCAGGCUCCUAUUCGCACUAGUUAUACUUUGCCAACUAGAAAGGAACAUCUCCUCCUCCUCUCGACUGGGUAAAAUCUUUGGAGGACAAACAGCGCCUGUGGAAAAACAUUCAUUUCUGGUCAAUCUCCGACGUGGGGGCGUGUUCCGUUGCGGAGGGGCUCUUAUCUCGCCCAACUGUGUCCUAACUGCUGCUCAUUGCUUGGAGGGACGGCAUCAACAAGUCCGAGACCUGACCGUCCACGCCCAGCAACAGUGUCUCGGCGAUCAAUCCCCAGCCGAGCAUGUGCGUCCUGCUUGGUAUGUCGGACUAUCACCGGAUUACUGCCGACAGCGAGGUUUGGACUCCGACGUGGCUGUGAUCCGAUUGAGUCGCCCCUUCGACAUCGCCGGAAACGCAAGUCUGGUGAAGAUCGAUUUCAACGAUCUGCCACGAAAUGCCAAUCUCACGGUGCUAGGAUGGGGAGUGACCUCCGAAAAGGGCUUCAACUGGAACCAGUGCUUGCAGGAGGCUAAAGUUGAGCAUGUGUCGAGGAACCAGUGCAUCGAGUCGCUAAAAUGGGGCAAGCAACAGGUUACCAACAACAUGCUCUGCGCACUGGGGAAAGAUUCUGAAGAUGCCUGUCAGGGUGAUUCCGGAGGACCCAUAAUUUACGAUGACCGCACCGUGGGCAUUGUGUCCUGGGGCUAUGGAUGUGGCAGCGGCUAUCCGGGGGUCUACACCCGCCUCAGCAGUCCAUCGAUUACGUACUGGCUGAAGACCUUCAUCGAUCGACAUUGCUGGUGAUCUAUCAAUGAUCUGUCUGCCAACAACCUUUAGUUUAAUAAAGAAGUUAAUAUAGUAUAAGUGGAAAUGUAGCUCAAAUCUCUUCCGGGAUUUCAAACAAUAUGCAGUUCGUGUGAUCUAAUUUCCGGGUCAAUUGCCUGCCAAUAAUCAUUAUCACUUUGCAAAUGAGA